AUGAUCUUCCCGUAUGCCAACGUGCUGCCGUGGGAGGACUUUGCGAUCCACCUCCGCAAGGACCAGAUCCCCGCCCUCGCCGCCACUGUCCGCAACAUCUCGCAGCGCCGGCAGGAGGAGAUGCGCACCGCGCUGCGGCUCUACAAGGCGGGCUUCGUGUGGUGGCGGCCCGACGGCGCGGCCUACGAGUUCACGCUCGCGGCUCUCGGCCAGCGCGUCGAGCAGCUCGGGCUCGGCCGCGCCGCCAGGCAAGCCCGCGCGAGGAGCUGA